GAACAAAGCAGUGCUUGCCCCGCCGAAUCCUUUCAACCCAAGCCGACUUACCGCUCCAAUUGUGCUACAUCUCACAACACUGUCAGCUCGAUAACAUAACAUGCCUUAUUAUCAGGUCUACCAUACCUAUCCUCUCUCCCUCUCACAGAGGCAGUCCAUUGCUCUGUCCAUCACAAACCUGCACUGCAGCGCCUUCAAUACCCCAGCAUUCUUCGUACAUGUGACCUUCAGCAAGCAAGAGCUGGCUCCUGAUGAUGGAACCUACUUCAUGGCUGGGAAGUCGCACUCCGCCAACUCCAAUCGCAUUGUUGCGCUGGUUCGCACGUCAGCUUCUCGAACGAAAGACGACUUUGAUAACUUGGCAGCCAGCAUCGAAGAGGCAUGGAACGGUGCUCUCAGAGAGGGAGGCGAAAGUGGUGCUGAACAGUUCGAGGGGCUCGAUGAAUCUAAGCGGCUCAUGAUGGUUGUUUUCACCCCGAUGCUGGCAAUCCGGGAGGGCGGCAUGGCCAUUCCCGAGGCAGGCCAUGAGGAAGCUUGGCUGACGCAGCAGCUGCCUUACAUCAGGGAGAUGGCAGAGAAACACAAUGUGGGCGAUUUCAAACUCUUGCUAGAGGAGCUGAACCAAAGAGAGGCCAUUGGUAAGCAUGCUGGGUAGAUACGAGCAAGAUUGUUGGUUCUAAGAUGGGUGGCCAUUAUGAGAUCAAUCGAAAGAU